UAUCCGGCCACCUUAUCCCCACAACAUUGUCUGGGUUCUUAAGUUUGUUGGAUUGAUUAUUGUUCUGGGGUUUUCGCGUCGUUCUUCCUCUGUGCUUGUCUCUGUUCGAGGUUUCUGCAGUGUAAUGCUGAUAAUGUCGCAACAAAGGCAAUUCCAGAUGGUGGGAGGGCAAUACAACGACACGACUUUGACGAAAAUCUUCGUGGGAGGGCUUGCUUGGGAGACUCAAAGGGACACAAUGAGGAGGUAUUUUGAGCCGUUCGGAGAAAUCCUUGAAGCUGUUGUUAUUACAGACAAGAACACGGGGAGAUCCAAGGGUUAUGGCUUUGUCACAUUCAAGGAUCCAGAAGCAGCCAUGCGAGCAUGUCAGAAUCCUUCUCCAGUUAUUGAUGGAAGACGAGCAAACUGCAAUCUUGCUUCUCUUGGUGCAAACAAAAAUCGGCCUCCAACUCCUCAACUUGGUACGGGAAGGUUCAGAGCAGCACCUGGAUUGGUGGGCGUGCCAGCAUAUCAUGGCUCUUCGUCCACAGUUUUCCGUCAACCUACAGGGCAGUACACAUUUCCAUAUUCAGCUUACGGUUACAGAUUCUCUGGAUAUUCACAAGACUCCAUGUAUCCCUUGAACUAUUACAGUGUGUAUGGAGGCCAACAAUUUUCACCGUACUAUUCAUCCAGUGGGGCAUCUGGUGUAGCAGGGUUAAUGAGUAGUAACAUUUACCCAUUCUGUGCUCAAUAUGCAGAGAGUGGCCAGGCUCAUGGUUUUGGAGUUCAUCAGUAUCCUCAAAUGGUACGCUUCCCAGUUCUUCAUCAACAGCACUAUGGCACUGCCACGGUCUCUCCUCCUGUUCUGUCGUUUCCUUCUUCAAUGCCAAUGUCAACUACCAGCGAAGUGGCAGCAUCAAUAGCAGCAGGCGGGCAGACAACAUCAGUAGGGGCAGGUGCUUCACAAGUCUCUGCAGUAAAAGCUUCAGAACAAAACUCGUCAACUUAAAACCUCUUUAGAGGGAUAAAGAAGCAACAUUCUGCUUCAAGGUUAAACACAUUGAAAUCUGGUGAAAAAAGGGUCAAGAGGAAAGAAGGGAAGGAAGACGGGGGAAGUCUUUUGAAGUUAUUGAUUCGAAACUCAAUGGGAAAGGGGGGAGGGGGUGUGGGGGAGUCACUAGUAUCAGAGUCCUCAAUGCAAGCCCAAAAUCAUCAUUACAGGGGGAAAAAAAAAAGUCCGUUUUAGAAGAAUAGUCUAUUUUAUUAACUUUUUUAGAUGUAGGAGAGGAUCAUAUUGAUUCCAAAUUGUAUUAAACGAUAGGGCAGAAUCUAAAAGUGGGAGCUUUGGAUUCUACCUCGCACAGUCAGACCAAUUUUACUGAUUAAACUCUUAUUAUGUCUUGGGUGGAGGGAGCAUCCAAUGACAUAUAGUCAUAUAAUGGGUUCAAAAAGAUUGGUUUUGUAUCUUGGAACCCUUUAAUUGGUUGGUCAGCUCGGGGCAAACCCAAAGAGAAAAGGGUGAGCUUGGAUAGCUCAGUCUGCUAACAUCUAACAUCUAUAAGGCAGGAUUGGAUGGGCAUAUAGAAAGUUGUUAUAUGUCACUUUUAUUUGCUUUUCAGUAUUGCACACACUCAUCA